GAAAAUCACGGUCUUCUACAAGCUUUGUUUCCCUGCCAUAAGUCUGUUUGGUUUGUUUACAUGAGUUUGAUGCUGAUGAAGAACAGGUGACAGCAGAACUUACAAUGAAAGGUAUGGAGUUCAUCCGUAGAACUAUCGACCAUGACAAAAUCAUCAAGUCCUUCCAGGACAAGCGACUUUAUCGAGGUAUAGAGCUGAUGAAUGGUCUUAAGAUAAUGGUCGUCAGUGAUCCAGACACAGAAAAGUCUUCAGCAGCCAUCGAUGUCCACAUAGGUGCUUUGUCGGAUCCCUGGGAGGUUCAAGGCUUAGCACAUUUCUGUGAACACAUGCUGUUUCUUGGAUCUAAGAAGUACGAACAAGAGAACUCCUAUAAAAAGUAUGAAAAUGAGAAUGAUUAUGACAAGUUUCUCAAUGAGCAUGGAGGUCUUUGCAAUGCUUCUACAGGUCCUGAGCAUACUACAUACUACUUUGACGUGGCCCCUGACCAUUUGUAUGGCGCCUUAGACAGACUAAGCCAGUUUUUCCUCUGCCCAUUGUUCACAGCCUCAGCUGUAGAGAGGGAGGUCAACGCUGUCAAUUCGGAGAAUGAUAAAAACAUCCAUAAUGAUGGUCGACGAUUACGACUCUUAGAUAGAAAACUGUGUAAACCCGGACAUGACUGGGCCAAAUUUUCAUGUGGAAACAAGGACACGUUGGGAUCCAUUCCUGCAUCCAAUGGUAUCAACAUCCGUGAAGCGCUGCUCGAAUUCCACGCCAAGCAUUACUCAUCCAAUAUCAUGUCUGUAUGUGUGCUAGGGAAAGAAUCACUGGAUGAGUUAGUAGAAAUGGCUGUACCAAUGUUUACUGAGGUGGAGAAUAAGUCUGUCACAGUCCCUGAAUGGACAGACCACCCCUAUGGCCCAGACCAGCUAAAGACAGUUUGCUAUGCUGUACCUGUGAAAGAGAUGAGAAGUCUUUGUUUGAUGUGGGCAAUACCUGACCUACAGGAUUUCUACACUGCCAAGCCUGGAAACUAUAUAGCUCACCUGAUUGGCCACGAAGCUGAGGGAAGUCUACUGUCAGAACUUAAGUCCAAAGGUUGGGCCAACUCUCUGAGCUGUGGCAGUAGUUGGGGUGCUAAAGGAUUCCGAGUCCUGACUGUAACCAUACAGUUUACUGAGGACGGUCUGGACCACAUUGAUGACAUGGUGAAGCUUACCUAUCAGUACAUCAGUAUGCUGAGGAGUCAGGAACCGUCGGAGUGGAUCUUCAGGGAGUACCAGAAUAUUCGUGCUAUGAAAUUUCGAUUUAAAGAUAAAGAGGAAAGUAAAAACUACACUCCAUCAGUGUGUAGGUCAAUGCAGAUCUAUCCGAUAGAGGAGACACUGAGCGGCGGGUACCUGAUGUCAGAGUUCCGACCUGACCUUAUCACCACAAUACUCGACAGGCUCGUACCACAAAACAUGAGAAUGCGUGUGGUAGCAAAGAAAUAUGAAAGUGUAGUGGACCAAACAGAGACGUUAUAUGGGACAAAAUAUAAACUAGAGAAAAUUCCUGAGGAAAAGCUACAGGAAUGGAGUGCCUGUGGUUAUCAUGAAAACCUUAGACUGCCUGCUGUCAACGAAUUCAUACCAGAUUCUUUUGAUAUCGUUACAAGAGAGGCUCAACCCAGUGAUGUUCCACAACUUGUCAAGGACAGUGACUUGUGCCGACUCUGGUUCCAUCAGGACAACACAUUCCUCCAACCAAAAGCUUCCAUUAAAUAUGAACUGAACAACCCCCUGACGUAUCUGACCCCCACUAACCAUGUUCUGACCAAGCUGUUCGUGAUGCUGUUUAAAGAUUCCCUCAAUGAGUACUCUUAUGAUGCUGAACUGGCCGGGCUUCACUACGACCUGUCGGCUACCAAAUAUGGCAUUACAUUGGCUAUCAGUGGCUACAGUGACAAACAGCCUGUCCUUCUUAAGAAGAUUAUGGACAAACUUACCCAGUUUUCUGUUGACCCAGACCAGUUUGUCAUCAUUAGGGAGAAGUUAGAGCGGAUUCUGAAGAACUUCAGAACAGAUCUGACUAGUAGUCAGGUGUCAUCCUAUACCUCUGAGCUGAUGUCUGAAGUACAGUGGACUCACGAGGAAAAACUACAGGCUGUACAAGGGGUAACCGUUAAGUUAUUGGAAGAUUUCAUUCCAAAAAUACUGAAGAAUCUUUACAUAGAGGGACUGGUCACCGGCAAUGUCACAAAACAGAGUGUAUUGGCCAUGACAGAAAUGGUGGAGAAUGUGCUUCAGUCUCAGAGUGGGACACGCCCACUGCUGGUGAGUGAGAGAAGGCGGCUCCGGGAACAUCAGCUUCCACAGGGUAGCUAUUUUGUGUAUGAGCGUGUUAACGACGUCCAGAAGAGUUCGUGUUGCCAGGUGUAUCUGCAGUGUGGACCUGAGGACACUAACUCUAACAUAUUACUGGAACUGCUGUCUCAGUCCCUCAAAGAGGCCUGCUUCACCACUCUGAGGACCAAGGAACAACUAGGUUACAUUGUGAGGAGCGGACCUUUGCGUAGUAGUGGUGUCCAGGGCUACCGCAUCCUUGUACAGUCUGACAGAUCCCCUCAGUAUGUGGAGGGGCGGAUAGAAGCCUUCCUCUCCAGUAUGGAUGAGCAGUUACAGUCGAUGACAGAAGAGGAAUUCCAGAAACAUGUAGAGGCUAUGACGGUCAAACGACUAGACAAACCCAAAAACAUCCGAGAACAGAACCAGUAUUUUUGGUUUGAAGUCAAAGGUCACACAUAUAACUUUGAUCGAGACAACAUUGAGGUGGCUCACCUAAAAACAGUAGAGAGAAAAGAUCUGUACCAGUUCUUUAAGGAGCAUGUUGCUUUGGAUGCAAGAAAACGUCAAAAAUUGGCCAUUCAUGUUGUCUCAACAUUAGAGAGUUCCAAUACCAAGGAGGUAACUUCUGAUACGGACAAAAAUACAGCUAGUGUAAUGCCGUCCCCUGACCUGCCUCAGCCUGUCCAUAUAACUGAUGUAUCAGCAUUCAAGGGGAACCUGGCGCUUUACCCUCUACCAGAACCUUACAUCGAUACGUGCAAGGCGAAGUCGUUACUCUAAGUCACUUUGAUGCUGUACCCCCUACCAGAACCUUACAUCGAUACGUGCAAGGCGAAGUCGUUACUCUAAGUCACUUUGAUGCUGUACCCCCUACCAGAACCUUACAUCGAUACGUGCAAGGCGAAGUUGUUACUCUAAGUCACUUUGGUGCUGUAUCUUCUACCAGAAUUACAUCGUACUAUACCCUCUACCAGAACCUUACAUCGAUAUGUGCUAGACAAAGUCGUUAUUUGAAGUUACACCGAAUCACAGCUGUAGAUCAUUAUAUAUUUACAAGGAAAAGUCAAUUAUUGAAGACAAAGUCCUUCCUAUUGUAAAUUAAAAAAAAAAAAAAAAAAAUCACCUGAUGUAU